CGAUCAUCAGGACACUCGUGGCCCACCCCAGUGGACGGCGACAGACGAUCGAUUGGAGUCGAGAGAGGCUAAACAAAUUCGAGUGAGAGAGUCGUUGCAGGCUUGCAGCCAAUCUCCAUUUCCUUCUUGGUUAUGAGAGAAUGACGUUGCAGCCUAUCUCCAUCUCCUUCGUCCUUCUUGAGGGGGAGAGAGAGAGAGAGAGAGAGAGAGAUAGAGACUGAGAAGGAGAUCGAGGUUUCUAUGGAGAUUUCCAUGGAUUCCUUGCUGGAGUAGGGCAGAGAAAGUACAAUGCAGAGUUCCAAAUUCCUUCAUUUCUUCUUCUAAAGUUCUAACACACAACUCCUCCAACCGCUCCUAUAAAUGGCAAUGUUCCGAGCACUGAAUCUCUCCCGAAGAAUCUUCCCUCGUCCUCAUCUCUCAACCGUAACCCUAAUCUCCCCACCACCUCCUCCAAACCCUAACCCUAAUCUCCUCCUUCGCUCUUUCUGCUCAUCAUCCUCAUCCUCAUCCUCAAUCUCCGAUGCUGAAUUCCGUAAGUACGUCGGGUACUUCUUUCUACUCCUCGGGUGCGGUGCCGCCACCUACUAUUCAUUCCCCUUCCCCGACAACGCCAAACACAAGAAAGCCUUCCCCUUUCGCUACGCACCCCUCCCUGACGACCUCCACACCGUCUCCAACUGGAGUGGGACCCACGAGGUCCAGACCAGAGUCUUCCUCCAGCCCGAGAAUCUCAACGAGCUGGAGAAUAUUGUGAAGGAGGCUCAUGAGAAGCGGCAGAAGAUUCGGCCCGUCGGGUCUGGAUUGUCGCCCAACGGUAUUGGGCUGCAACGGGCUGGGAUGGUGAAUCUGGCACUCAUGGAUAAGGUGCUGGAAGUGGAUAAGGAGAAGAAGAGGGUUAGGGUCCAGGCGGGGGCUAGGGUUUCGCAGCUCGUUGAUGGGAUUAAGGAGUAUGGACUGACGUUACAGAAUUUCGCGUCCAUACGUGAGCAGCAGCUCGGCGGCAUUGUCCAGGUUGGUGCACAUGGCACUGGUGCAAGAUUGCCUCCAAUUGAUGAGCAGAUCAUCAGCAUGAAACUUGUUACCCCUGCAAAGGGAACAAUAGAGGUUUCAAGUGAGAAAGAUCCUGAACUGUUUUAUCUAGCCCGUUGUGGACUUGGGGGCCUUGGAGUGGUUGCGGAAGUCACGAUUCAAUGCGUUGAGAGACAGGAGCUUGUGGAACAUACAUUUGUCUCUAACAUCAAAGAGAUCAAGAAAAAUCACAAGAAAUGGCUAGCUGACAAUAAGCAUGUGAAAUACCUGUGGAUACCAUAUACCGAUACAGUUGUGGUUGUGCAGUGCAAUCCUCUCCCAAAAUGGAAAGGUCUGCCAAAGUUUAAACCUAAAUAUUCAAACGAUGAAGCAUUACAGGAUGUUCGCGAGUUGUACCAUGAUUCACUUCAAAAAUACAGAACUGUUGAAACAGGUACUAAACCAUCAGAAAGCAAUGAGUCAGACAUAAACGAACUGUCAUUUACAGAGCUAAGAGAUAAACUUCUUGCGCUUGAUCCUCUCAACAAAGAGCAUGUCAUAAAAGUCAAUCAAGCAGAGGCUGAGUACUGGAGGAAGUCAGAGGGAUAUAGAGUAGGUUGGAGUGAUGAAAUUUUGGGCUUUGAUUGUGGUGGGCAGCAGUGGGUCUCAGAGACAUGUUUUCCAGCAGGGACACUUUCAAAGCCAAGCAUGAAAGACCUAGACUACAUGGAAGAGCUGAAGCAGCUCAUACAGAAUGAAGGGAUACCAGCACCUGCUCCCAUAGAGCAACGUUGGACAGCUCGCAGCCAGAGUCUCAUGAGUCCGGCCUCAAGCCCCGUAGAAGAAGACAUAUUCUCAUGGGUGGGAAUAAUCAUGUACCUUCCUACUUCAGAUGCUCGUCAGCGGAAGGAGAUAACAGAAGAGUUCUUCAAUUACAGGCAUUUGACACAGAGCCAGCUAUGGGAUGAAUAUUCUGCUUAUGAACAUUGGGCUAAGAUUGAGGUUCCAAGGGACAAGGAAAAGCUUGCUGCACUCCAAGAAAGACUGAGGAAGCGUUUUCCAGUCGAUGCAUACAAUAAAGCACGCAGGGAAUUGGAUCCCAACAGAAUCCUUUCGAAUGGCAUGUUAGAGAAGCUGUUCCCAGUACCAGAAACCAGUUGAGGUAUUGGGAAACAUGAUCUUUUUUCUUUAUUUUUUGUCAGUUUUGAGUCAGCUACCUUGAUUUAUACUAGUUGGUUUCUCGUCCUAGCAACAUUGAGCAUCGAUGCAACCACGGGAAAUGUGUAGAGUUAAUAGAACAGGGGUCCAUUAUUGAAAGCAUUCGAGAUAAGAAAGUCUCUCCUUGUGGGGUGAUGGUGCUCAACACCUCAUUCUUAAGGUUGUCACUUUGACUGCAGCCUAUUGUUUUACUGAAAUAAACAUCAGAUACGUCUCACUAGGGUAUUUUAGUUUGAGAAGAUGCUUGUCUUUCUGUGGCUCA